GCCCAGCUUGUUCAAAAAGAUGGAAGGAUGACCACUUUCUUUGUUGAUCAAAGUAAAAUCUUUACUGGACAUCUGACAGGUUACUGGUUGUUCAAUAUCUGAUCGCAUUUCAGUCAUCUGAUCACAUGUCCAUCAAUAACCCAUCACCCUUAUGUUUAUUUUUGUAGUUAAUAAACAUUUUAAGAACUUAAAAAUAAGAUAAUUAAGUUCAUACGACACAAAAAGUACAUGUCAGUUGUGAUAAAACCAAGCUUUUUUUUUUGAGUUAGUUCGCUUAUUUUGUAGACUUCCACCUAUUGGGCUUUUAUAAUAUCUUGUGUCUAAACUCACUUCUAAACAAUAGCUUAAAGUGCAUAUUGAAAUUUAUUUAAGAUGAAUAAUUUUAUCCAAAUGCUUGUACAAUUUUAGAUUGUACAUUUUUAUAGUAAUUAGGACCAAACAUUUUAACAAACCUUUUUUUUUUAGUUAGUUCGCUUAUUUUGUAGGCUUUAUUAUUCCAGCUUUUGGGCAUUAUAAUGUCUUGUGUCUAAAAAAAUAUGACUCUUUAAAUUUUUUUAGGUUUAUAUGUUUAUUGCCAACUCAUGAAAGCUCAUGUUAAAUAAACUAAUUUUUGUUUUCAGACCAAAGAGAUGUAAACGUGAAUGCACAUUUGGAAGACUCCUUAUGGUCAAUACGUAUUUAUGAAAAGAAUGAGACUUUUGGUAUUGAGGUGGGUUUAAAAUGUGACACACUUAAAAUGCACAUAAAAUUCUUUAAGGUUCCACAGGUGAGCCAUUUGGUUUCAUUGUUUAAUUUUUUAUUGUUUUUAUUAAUACAUUUUUGCUCCCCAGAAUUUACACUGUUCACAAAUUUGCUUACACAGCUUUAAUUUGAAGUUGACAAAGGUGAUUUUAAUGUUCGAUAAAAUGUUAUUUAUAAAAUUUAGUGAGAACAAUUUUGAGUUUGUUACAUGCUGGACUCAGCUUUAACUUGGGAAAAUUUGAAUAUUUGAAGUUUAGUCUAAAUUAUCAUAAGUAUUUAAGUAUUUCUUUUCUUUAGUCCUAAAAAGCAACCAUUUGCGUGCUUGCUUUUUGAAUGAGAAGAUAUUUUAAUGUUACCAUUUUGUCUAUUUUCAUCAAGAGAUUUUUGUCUGUUUAGAACUGUUUAAACUUGUGAUAUCUUUAAUAAAAAAACAUAACUUGUUUUGUUUUUAAAUCUUUACCUUUAGCCAGCUUGGAACCUUUUGAAACCAUCAGAGAACCCAAGAAAUGACACCCUCAUUGCUUACAGAAGCUCUGACUUUUCAAAUAAUACUGGCAAUUGGUAACAUUUAAAACAUUUGAUUCCUGCUCUGGGAGUAAGGGAGAUCUUGUCUAUUAUUUAUCAUAAUAGUUGUGUUUUUGUAUGACUAACCUCUGUAAUAAAAACUUAGCAUGCAUGAUAACACAAGAAUUAAAAUUGAAAAUAUUCCAUUUGACAUUCUCUCACUCCAAUAUGUUCUGAUUAAUUACUGUGAAUAUGUAAAAUUAGAGCAGGGGUUCUUAAUUUGUGCUCCAUAGAUCCCUUGAGGGUCUGUAAAAAGGUUUAGGGGGGUCUUUGAGCUGCAUUUCCUUUGUAAUUUUAUAUUCUAAGAAGGAUUCCUCGGCCUUCCUAUUAUUGGCAAAGAGGACUGUGGUCUAAAAAAUGCCAAGAGCCCCUGAAUUAAUGGUUUAUUUAUAGCUGAAAGGAAGAAGAAAAGAGUGGGUUUUUUUUAUUUCUUUGAUUUAAAAAAAAAAUUGGUUUUAGGUUGGGGAAAAGGGGGUGGGGGGGGGGGCUAGGGGGACCAGGUAUAAUCAAUGUGGUCUCAUAAUUUAAAUAAAUAAAACUAUUUAGGAUUUAAAUGGAAAAGUUAGUGACAUAAAUAAUGGCCUAUUUCCAUAUACUUGCUUGUGCUGACAGAAGACACUAUGAUCACGCUAUACAACAUUUUAACAUAGCUACGUCCUUGCCAUCAUUCUUAUAAGUUAUAAAUUAAAUUAGGCAACAGAUAACCUUGGCAGUAGGAUCUAAUACUGGAUGUUAAAAGGGAAACUCACUUCUUAACAAUAACAAGUACGUAUUGAGUUUGAUUUAAGAUGAAUAAUUUGAUCCGAAUGCUUGUACAAUUUUGGGUUGUACAUUUUUAUAGUUUUGAGGGCCUAACAUUUUUACCAUCCUUUUGUUAUUUCAGUGGAACUGACAAGUUGGUGAGCCCCAUUUACUUUGACGAAAUUAAUCUUCCCUCUUAUACAGGUAAAGGACAUAAUCCACCCUUUGCAAACAAAAGGGUUACAAUUUAUUGAGUGUACUCCUAUUUGUUAUAGUAGAUUCUUCUAAGAUGUCAAAACAACAUGGAUUUACUUCUGUAAAAACAAAGGCUAUGGUUUACUCAUUUCUGAAAGCUCUAUACAACAUUGCCUGUGAGCUUGCUUCCAAUUGAGCACCUCUGUUUGGCAGAUGUUUUAACUCAUAGAACUCAUAGGUUUAAAAACUUUUUUUUUUUGUUAUUGCUCUGACUACCUUUGCUAUAGAUUCACAUUACUGAACUGCAUUGAAGACUGGCGGCAGUUAAAGGUAUCAUUAAAUAUUUUGUAAAAUUAAGUAAUGGCUUACUUAUCAUUCUUCAUGAAAAUUAAUUUAAAAUAUCUUUACAAGUAGAAAUAUGUCAAGAACACCAAAGUGGCUAAUUUUAUACCUUGUAAAUGUCAAUUUAAACAUGUCUUCCUCGCCCCCCCCUCCCCCCACCGCUGUGUCCAUAAAGUACAUCACACUGUUUUGGUUAACAUCUGACCUCCCCUCAAAGCAUCACAAUUUGGUACAAAUUUUAGAAACCCUCAUAACACAUCAUCACAGAAGCUUGACCCUCACCCUUCCCCUCCUCUCAAUGAGUGACAUGAUUAAUGGAUGGCCCUCGUCUGCUAAUAUUUAAUCUGAAAACAAAACUGCAAUCUCCUUUUUACCAAUAAAAAAAAGAAGAAAUUUAAUGACCCUAAACCAACUGCUCACUCAAACCUAUGCAUGCAGGCCAGACAGUGGCAGAAAUUCGGUAGUCUGCAGCCCCUCAAAUCAAAUCUAAUGAUGAAAGGUCUCUCCUUUCUAAGGGCCCCAAAUUUAUUUCUCUUACAUCUUCCAGUGACCGUUAUCAAUUAAUUUAUGGCAUCUCGUCCCUGUUUCCGCCCUUUGUGACAACAGUACCACUUUUUGGCUACGGCCAGCCGCAAAAAAAAAAAGGAUGAUAUCUUCCCUUUUCAGAGACAAUGAAAGUCAACUUGGACACCUCCCUCCCAUCGAUCGAGGGCCUGGGAUCUAGUGCAAAAGUAGUGCAAAACAUUAUGUAACAAAUCUCUCUCCCCAGAUGAGCGGAGGGUGCUGUUGUCAUUUGGGUUAAAAACUAUUAUAUUAAAGAAGCCCAGGGACACUUAGAGGAUAAAAAGUUCUUUAAGUCCAUCAAGAUCAACCCCAAUGUCCACAAAAAUGGAAUUGUGGGACAAAACAAUAAAACAAUUUAUUGACGAUUCAAAACUUACUGCAUUGGCUUCUGAUUUGCACAUAAUCACUAGUGACCUGGGGAAAAUCUUCAAUUCUAAAUCUAAAAUCUAAAAUUCACUAGGUAGGCAACCUUGGGCGACCUUUUGUCUCGGUCUGCUCUUGAAAUAAAUGAGUGAAACAAAGUAUGGUAGAACCUGGAAAAAGUAUGCAACAAAACAACGGGUUGAACAAAACUCUUACCUACCCCCUCACAAAACUAAUCCUGCCUACCACGUCAGUUUCACUGUCCGCUCUUUUUCUCCUUUCAAGCUUGAACAUAUCUCGUUCGAUUAUUUAUUUUAUCGCAAGAUGCAUUAAAUUUUUACAUGCUUAAUGUUUUGCUCUAUGUCAUGUCAAAAAUUACUAUCACCUCAAUGGCGUGAAUUAACAAAAAGACACUUUUUAAAGAUUAUUUUUAAAAAUAAGUGAUAUUUUUUCAAAGUUCUCUUUUAAUCUUUGAAUUAAUGCAUGCCAAAUCACAUAAAAUAUAAAAAUUUUAUUUCAAAUGAAGUUCUCUUUAUCUUCAAAAAGCAUGUUUAGCAAAUAUAUAUAAACAAAAAUUUUAAUUAAAAAAAAAGAAUUUUAACCAUUUUUUUUUUUCCUUAUUAGGUCUUCAUGGCCGCACUAAAAGACACAAUUCAAAGAACACCUGUUUAAUCUAUAUUGUUGCCGACUUUUCAUUUUUUGAAAACAGAUGUAAACGCCAUCACUUGACGUGCUCUGCUCUGAUGGUGCGUUAACAGUGUUAAUUUUGGUAACAAUGCAUGGCAAUUGCUUCUUUCAUUUUCAUUAACAUUUUAUAUAGAAAGCUCAUGUUAUUUUGGUUAAAAAAAUUAUAUCAACAGUUUAUGUGAGAUUUGUAGCAAUUAAAUCAAAGGCUAAUGUUAAAUUUGUAACAAUUAGAUCAAAAGCUAAUAUGAGAUUUGUAACAAUUAGAUCAAAAGCUAAUAAGAGAUUUGUAGCAAUUAAAUCAAAGGCUAAUGUUAAAUUUGUAACAAUUAGAUCAAAAGCUAAUAUGAGAUUUGUAACAAUUAGAUCAAAAGCUAGUAUGAGAUUUGUAACAAUUAGAUCAAAAGCUAGUAUGAGAUUUGUAACAAUUAGAUCAAAAGCUAAUAUGAGAUUUGUAACAAUUAGAUCAAAAGCUAAUAUGAGAUUUGUAACAAUUAGAUCAAAAGCUAAUAUGAGAUUUGUAACAAUUAGAUCAAAAGCUAAUAAGAGAUUUGUAGCAAUUAAAUCAAAGGCUAAUGUUAAAUUUGUAACAAUUAGAUCAAAAGCUAAUAUGAGAUUUGUAACAAUUAGAUCAAAAGCUAAUAUGAGAUUUGUAACAAUUAUAUCAAAAGCUAAUGUUAAAUUUGUAAAAAUUUUAUCAAAAGCUAAUUUUAAAUUUGUAACAAUUAUAUCAAAAGCUAAUGUUAAAUUUGUAAAAAUUAUAUCAAAAGCUAAUUUUAAAUUUGUAACAAUUAUAUCAAAAGCUAAUACUACUUUUUUUAACAAUUAUAUCAAAAGCUAAUGUUACAUUUGUAACAAUUAUAUCAAAAGCUUAUUUGGAACCUCAACAGCGUUCAUUGAGAUGCUCAUCAUAGUUUUUAAAUAUUCCAUCUCUUUAUCUCUGAUGAAAGUAUGUUGCUAGUGAUGUAAUAGUUGCCUCAAUAAACAUAUUACCAUCUCUUAAUCUUUGAUAAAAGUGUGUUGCUAUUGAUGUAAUAGUUGCCUUAAUAUACACAUCUUGUCAUUCAUAAAUUCGCCAAAAGGCUCUAAUUCUCAUGUGAACUUUAAAUUUUUUUUCCUUCUUAGAUAAGUUUGGUACAUCAUGUAGAUGCCAUAUUCAGGAAAUCAAAAUUUCAAGACAGUAGUUUUACCAUUCACACUGGCAUUGGGAUUCAAAUAGGGAUGGUAGGCCUCUGUUGUUUUCUUGUCAUCAAACACAGCUAUAUGGACAAGUUUUGAAACAAGCUUAUGAUUUUGAAAGAUCCUUUCUUCUUCCAUUCAUUUAUACUGGGGAGGGGUCAUGGCAACAAUUCUUCAUAUCCCUUUGGAAGUUCUUCAAUCAAUGAGACACUCAAGAAUUUUCUUUAAAGUUAUUACAUUAAAUAGAAACUAGCCGAUGCUCCACUUAUCCUUUUUGGUGAUGGAUUGUUGUUGUCCAUCAAGAUCAACUAGGACCAUCUAGUAAUCCUGUUUGGGGGGGGAGGGGGUGGUCAUGGUGAGUUCGUAGGUGGCCUGCUAGUCGGAUCCGCUGGUGAUGGAUGCUCCACUUCUGAAUUAACUAAUGCUCUACUAGGUGUCCUCUGGGCAUUAAAAUUUGAUUGCAUCCAAGCUAAAUACCAGGGUUUCUUAAACUUUGAAUACAUAGCUCCACUCUAAUUACAUGCUAAGGACAUAUUUACCAACAUUUGCUUAUUUUGUAGUGCAGACGGGACCCCAGUUCUGUAAAUAUUUGUUAUUACACCUCAGUGUGUGGCCUGGAUUGAUACAACUUCCCGUUACGGGCACCAUAUGCCAUAAGCCAAACUAUGAAAAUGAUGAUUUCUGAACAAUGUGACCUGUACUUUUCAGCUUGUUCUAUACACUGCCUUCACCUACUCAGCAGACACAGUCUACCCACACUUCAAUGCCAAGGGCAUCAGUUGGACAGCAUAUACGAAAUUGUUUGUAAGUUGGCUUCUUGCAUGACUUACUAAUGACAUACUAAUGUUCAGAGGUGCUGAAACUUGUGGAAAAAUCCAUGGCUGAAUUCCUUUUAGCACCCCUGCACCCUUCUUUCAUGUUUUUUUUUACAAUUGUCAGCCCAAACUGAGAUUUUUAAAGACUGCAACUUAGAAAUAAAUAAGUUGCGCAUAAUUUCUCUGAUCUUGAAAUAAAAGUCAUAAACUAUCUUUCCUCUGAUAUUUUUUGUAAUUGAAAGGCUGCGACUAUUCACUCCCGGGUACCAGAAGUGAGAGGUUGGGAUUAAAAAACUAUUUAAAAUAUUGGUUUAACUAAAAUAAACUACCACAAAUGACAUACGAAUAGCUUGAGUCUAAUGGUAUCCUGGUGCGAAUGGCGGCGCUGCGUGUCUGGGUCCAUUUUGACUCAGUGCUAUUCGGAUGUCAUUUGUGGUAGUUUAUUUUAGUUAAAGUAAAGAAUUAAGUUUACAAACAUAUAGUCCAUUCAAUUAUCAUUCAUUUGAUACCUCAUUUUGUCUUAAGAACCCAACAAUUAAAUUUUAAAUAGUUUUUUAAUGCCAACCUCUCACUUCAGGUGCCCGGGUACGAAUAGCCACUGCGUUAUUGAAAAUGAUAAACUCUAAAUAGGGAGACUGUUAAUUGACUUAUUUUUUUUUUAAAAUAUAAAAAGUAAAGAGAUGAAAGAAUCACUUAUAGUUAUUCAACUUGACCUACUUAGUUAAGAUGAGGAAAGUUUCCUUGAUUAGAGCAGUAGCCUAAAUUAAAAGAUCAUCUAAUGGUCUUCUAAAUUAUUAUUUGUUAAAAUGUUUUUCAAAGCAGUAAAGAUAAUUUUUUUUUUUUAACUUCUAAGAGAUUUUUUAUAUAGUAUUUAAAUUCUAACAGUUUUUAUAACAGGUUGAGAUUUUUUUAAAUCUACCAGUUUCCUCAAAAACAAGUAACCUGGUCUUCUCUUGACCCCUGCAUUGAAUACAGCUACACUGCCCACACACUUGCUUUUAUUCACAAUUUUUGUUCCAGAUGGAAUCUGCUCAGGAAUUUUAUUGUUCACGACUUUAAUUUACCUUUUUUUUUUCAUGUUGCUUCUUCAUACAGUCAUUUUCCUACUUCAUGAGCUACAUCAGGGAAAAAUAUUGUUUGUGCCACUUGCUGACCAGUCAUGGAAUGAGCAAUCGAAUUCUAGGUUUGGCCUAUGGAAAUUCCAUCUGUAGUUGUGAGUCCUUUGACAUGUCUACAAUCAAGCUGAUUUUUUUUUUUUACAUGUCAUUAAAAUUUCUCAAUAACAAAGCAAGGUUUAUGUUAAUUGCUUUCUUCUUUCAAUGUACUCAUAAUAUUAUCAUUUAUUUUAUUUUAUUUUGUUUUCAUUCAUGAUAUCAUCAGUUUAUUAUAUUUUUUUUUUCUUUUCAAGAUCUUAUCUGUUUAUUUGUAAAAAUCAAGCAGGGAGACCAACGUAACAUCAUGCUAUAUAUAUAUAUUUUUGAUGCACGCUAAGUGAUAUGAUACGUUGGAAAUAAGUGUCUGAAGUUUGAUUCCAUUCCGUAGCUCCUAGGCGAGGAAACACUCUUGAAAGUUGCGGGCUGUCCUCAGAUACGGAUGAACUGUUUGGACCUUUACCCAGUGUUCAGUUGAAUCUUGUUAUGACUCAUGGUAUGUACUUGUUUAUGGCUCAUGGUAUGUACUUAUUUAUAGUUCAUGGUGUGUGCUUGUAAUGGCUCAUGGUGUGUACUAGUUUAUGACUCAUGGUAUGUUCUUGUUUAUGGCUCAUGGUGUGUUAUUGUUAUGGCCCAUGGUGUAUAUUUUGUAUGGCUCAUGGGGUGUAAUUGUUAUGACUCAUGGUAUGUACUUGUAUUUGGAUUGUAGGGAAAUUACUUGUUAUUGGAACGUAUAGAAUGUACUUGUAAUUGUAACAAUUGGUAUGUAAUUCUUAUUUGAACAUAGGAUAUGUACUUUUUAUUAAAACAUAUUAUAUUAUGUACUUUCUAUAGGGACAUAUGGUAUGUACUUGUUAAUGGGAUAUAUACUAUGUACUUGUUAUUGGGACAUAUGGUAUGUAGUUGUUAUUGUGAAAUAUGGUAUAUGGUUUGUACUUGUUAUUAGAACUCAAGGUAUGUGAUUGCUAUUGGGUCAUAUGGUAUGUACUUGUUAUUGUGACUUAUGGCUAUGGUAUGUACUUGUUAUUAGAACUCAAGGUGUGUACUUGCUAUUGGGUCAUAUGGUAUGUACUAGAUAUUGUUGAUAAUCUCUUACCAAUAGAAAUUUAAGGUAUUAAUUUUAAAAAUUAUUUUUAUUUAAGAUUAUUUAAUGUUUUUAUUUAUGAACUAAAAAUAAACGAAAAAAUAAUAAUGCCUUAAUUAGCACACAGACUUACUGUGUGACGUGCAGCCUUGAUAGUAGAAAACUCAAAUGCAAUUAUUUUUCUCUUAAUUCCCAUUCCAGAAAUAGGUAAGUAGCAAACUGUAGAUUUUGUGUUUUGGUCAUGUUUGUUUAGGUUAUGUUUGUUUUGGUUAUAAUUGAGGUGCAUGUUUUUUCUGUGAGUUAAGAUAGUUUCCCAUGAUGCACUCUGUUGAAGUUGGAUUUGGUACAUAACAGAUGCUGGAGUAAAGUCCUUGAUACUCAUUGUUUAAUACUUUAAAAAAAAUAGAUUUUACGCAUGCUGGAAAUAUAUACACCUUCAAGGACUGCCAGUGAGAUUUUUGUGUGUGUCUGGGUGAGGGAAAGGGGGGAAGUUAAGUAUUUUCAUUAUAAUUAGUGUACACUUUAUGAAAUUAUAAGAAAAUACCACUGUAGAUAUAACUCAAUUAGUUGCACAUGUGCCAAGUUUUCAAGCACACAGCUAACAAGGCUAUAAGUGUAUGGCUACAGGCUGUGCCAAGUUUUGAAGCACACAGCUAACAACCAUAUGAGUGUAUGACUACAGGCUGUGCCAAGUUUUCAAGCACACAGCUAACAAGCAUAUGAGUGUACGACUACAGGCUGUGCCAAGUUUUGAAGCACACAGCUAACAAGCAUAUGAGUGUACGGCUACAGGCUGUGCCAAGUUUUCAAGCACACAGCUAACAAGCAUAUGAGUGUACGACUACAGGCUGUGCCAAGUUUUGAAGCACACAGCUAACAAGCAUAUGAGUGUACGGCUACAGGCUGUGCCAAGUUUUCAAGCACACAGCUAACAAGCAUAUGAGUGUACGACUACAGGCUGUGCCAAGUUUUGAAGCACACAGCUAACAAGCAUAUGAGUGUACGGCUACAGGCUGUGCCAAGUUUUCAAGCACACAGCUAACAAGCAUAUGAGUGUAUGACUACAGGCUGUGCCAAGUUUUCAAGCACACAGCUAACAAGCAUAUGAGUGUAUGACUACAGGCUGUGCCAAGUUUUCAAGCACACAGCUAACAAGCAUAUGAAUGUGCGACUACAGGCUGCAGAUCACUGAUACAGUGAUACUAAAUAUUAUCAAGCCAAUUUAAAAAAAAUUAAAAUAUUACUUUCAGGACAUAAUUUUGGUUCCGGACAUGACCCCCACAACAAGCAGUGCUCCCGUCCUGAAAAUCAAGGGGGGAAUUACAUCAUGUGGGAGAGAGCGGUCAGUGGAAAGUCCCCUAACAAUCUGGUAAGUGAAAAAGUUUAAAAACAGCUCCAUGUACAACAUUGAAUCUAAAUGAUCUAAUACUAAUACAUUUUAAAAAACCUUUGCAAAAAAAAAAACAGUUUCAAACUUGCUUCUUCCUCUCAGAACCAAUGGCAAAAUAUUGUUGAGGAACCUGUGCCAAUUUAGUUACAUUUUUUUUGCAAAAUCAAAAAACCAUGCUAAGUAAGCCUUGAGGAAAUGAAAUUACUAGCAUGAUCUACUUGUCUCCUGGGCUUGCAGCUGAAUUAUUUUCUGUUUCGGUUUAAUCCUGAAGUGUCAAAGUGUCCUCUUUUUAUAGCCGUUUUCAUUGUUUCUAUAGAAUAGUAGUUACUAUCCUAGUGUCUCAUUUGUUUUUACUUAGUUUACAUGUUUUAAUAAUUGUAAAGCGCUUAGAGCUUUAUGAUAAGCGCUAUAUAAAAAUGCCUAAAUAAAUAAAUAAAUAAAUAUGUAAUGCUCUGGAAGCCAGCUUUAAAAAUAUUUUUGUGUUAUUUCUUCCGCAGUUGUUUUCCCCUUGUUCCUUGAGAAAUAUUGGCCGUAAACUUGAGACCUCCACCUGCCUUAUUUGUAAGUUAUGCACCUAUCUUUUGGUCCAGAAAACAACCAAACUGAAAUACAACCCAACUAAAACACAACCAAAUCACCACUUUUCACUUAUAAAGGUCAUUAUUUUAUUUUUUGUAUGUCUUUGGAUAAAAAUUUUUUAAAAUUGCUGGGACAUGGGAAGCAAAGUCUAUUGGGCUGGGGCAACAUUACCCAACCAUUAUUUAUACCCUCCAUCCCACCCCAGAACUUUUUUUUGGGUGUUUUUUUUUUUACUAUUAUAGCACCCCUUAAGAAUUGUUUUACUACUGAGUCUCAGGCCCCAUACAAAAACAAAACAAUUCAUUUCAAAUCAGGGGUCUCAAACUCAAAUUAGCCGGGGUCCACAGGAGGUAGAGUCUGAGUGAAACUGGGCGGCAUUAAGAAAUCCACACAAAAAAGUGACAAAGUCAAGUACAGCUGUUACAAUCUGCUCAAACUUUAUUAAUAACAAAUAAAACCAUUAAAGGUUCUCACGAACUAGGCUUCACUUAGAUUCUUCUUCUACUUGUUGCCAGAGACGUGGCAGCGCCUCCUCUUACAAAGCUAAGCAAAAUAUGGCUUGAGUGAGAUGGAACUGAGGCCCUCAGUAUAGCUUGAAGAUGCUCAUCAGUUAGUUUCGCCCUGAACUUUGACUUGUUAAAGUUCAUAGGGGAAAAGAGCUUUUCACAAAGAUAGGUAUUCCCAAAAAGGCACAUGAUCCGCUUGAACAACCUGGAAAUCUCAGGGAAAGUGGAGGGCAAUUCUCUCAUAAAUUGUCCAAGCUUGUCUGUUUUUCUAUUCACCUCCCUGAACUUAGCCUUGAGUUCAGAAUUGCACUGAAGUUCAAUUAGCUCCAUUUGAAGCGCAAAAAAAAAAGAAAGGGGGGGGGGUAGUGCAUCUGGCACAUUGAAGGAGAAAGAAUCAGCAAAAGUUUGAAUUGUCGCUCUGUGUGUUUUGAAGUCUGUAACAAUUUGAUCUAAUACUUUCUGUUGCUUUUCAAUGGCAUUUCUAUUCACCUCCCUGAACUUAGCCUUGAGUUCAGAAUUGCACUGAAGUUCAAUUAGCUCCAUUUGAAGCGCAAAAAAAAAAGAAAGGGGGGGGGUAGUGCAUCUGGCACAUUGAAGGAGAAAGAAUCAGCAAAAGUUUGAAUUGUCGCUCUGUGUGUUUUGAAGUCUGUAAACAUGUGAUCUAAUACUUUCUGUAGCUUUUCAAUGGCAUCAGUAUACUUACUUCUGAAUGGUGUGCCCGAGUCCAUGAGUACUUUGCAUGUUGGAAAAUUGCUUUCCACAACAAAAGUUUUGUGCAGAAUUCACUGACAUUGUCAUAGGCAAUACUGACAAGCUGCCCCUGGCCUUGAAACUUCUUGCUGAGUACAUCCAGCUCCUGUGUAAUGUCAACAAGAAAAGCCAAGUCCAUAAGCCAUUUGGGAUAAUUUAGUACAGGAACAACCACCCCAUCCUUCUCCAUCCAGGCUUUGAUUUCUGCUCUCAACUCAAAAAACCUUUUCAAGACUUUUCCCCUACUAAGCCAACGUACAUCAUAUGCUGACUCUAUUUCCUCUAAAAGUGCUCCAAGCCCCUGGAUCUGAUAUGGUUGAUGCAUUUUCACACGUCAGACAUCACAUCUUCAAACUUCAGGUAUUUGGUGCAAAGGGCCUGCUGAUGUAUGAUGCAUGUGGUGCGAUGGCCUUUUCCACACCCUCCUCUUCCAUCUUCCAGUUUUCUUUGAACAUGUGCCACAAGUCCAUUUAUUUUCCCUGUCACUGAUGGCAGUACGUCGAUUGUUAUACCGGCAAAAUUUUUCCACGGUAUACAGGCAUCCACAAUGCAUCAAAAAGCUGGCGGAAUAUCUCCUAAGCAGUGGUCUGCUCAUGCAUUGAAAUAACUUUGAGCAACUCCUCCAUCACUUCAAAAUUUUCAUCAACACCAAGGACAUAUAAGAUUCUUUUAUUGAUCCAAACAAGUGGAAAUGUUUCUUGAUUGCAUUUUACAUUUUCAGCACAUAAAUAAAACAAUUUGAACACCUGAAAUUUAUAUUAAAUUUGUUCACUAGUUUGAGACCCCUGUUUUAAAUAGACUUCCUGUUUAUUUACUGAAUUACAAAGAGAACUGUAGUAAAAUAAACUCUUUAUUUAUUUCAUACUUUAUGCACAUAAACAUUUCUAUCGUAAAUGAAUAGCUAAUAUCUCCUGGGCUAGGGCGGUCUCGACAAUUUAUCUCUAUAAUACAAUAUCCAUUUGUAUUAUUUUUAUUCAAGGCUAAAUUUUGAAAGAUUGAUAUUUGUGUGUAUAUAGACGAUGUCAUUAUAUUGACAUAGAGCGUAGAUUGUGUCUGACAUAGAGCGUAGAUUGUGUCUGACAUUGAGAGCAUAGAUUGUGUCUGACAUAGAGCGUAGAUUGUGUCUGACAUUGAGAGCAUAGAUUGUAUCUGACAUAGAGCGCAGAUUGUGUCUGACAUUGAGAGCAUAGAUUGUGUCUAACAUUGAGAGCACGUGGUGUUAAUUCGUUGCAAUCAGCCAGAACAUAAAUUGUGGAUCAAUCAAAUCAUUAGACCCGAAUCUUGAGUGUGGAUGGUGCGAUUAAUUUAGCAUGGGGGAUAUUUCACACAGGUCAGCUCCCAAACGUUACUGCAUUUCAACUAGCUAUGAGAGGGCUGGACUUUCACUCGUUACUCUUUCUGUUCUUUUGAUGUGUGUUUUUUGUAAGGAGCUUGUGCCUUUUCUUUCCUUUUUUUAAAAAAUAGUAACUGGUAGGAUUUAAAUAUAUCAGGUAAAAUUUAGUUUAUUUCAAUGUUAUUUUUUAUUCAGUAGUACUGAUAAGUAAAGGCGUUUGCCAUAAAGUUGAAAUUUGUUUUUUGUGACAUCAUAAUUUGCGCUUGCAUGGACUAAUUGUUUGUGUCUCAUUCCUCGGGCAACUCAGCUCCACAGAACUGGGGGCACAUCAUCAGGAGACCAUCUUGUCAAUCCAUUGAUGUUCGCAAGUGGGUCCAUACUAAAUUUGAAAUGUAAUGAAAAAUAAAACUUGAGCUGCAAAACCCACUUGUUGUUUCAGCCAGGAAACUGUUCUCCACAUUCUGCGGCAAUGGCAUUGUCGACCGCGGUGAGGAAUGCGAUUCGGGGGCCAUCGGAAUAGUCAAUGCUGAUAACUGCUGCUCAAAGUACUGC